GCACUUAAAUACGCAACGGCUCCCCCUUCUUUCCCUCCAACUCCAACACAACACCUCUCUCUCUCUCUCUCUCUCUCUCUCGUGAAGGAAAGCUCAAACCAGAGGAGAAGAACCAUGGCAAGAGAACAGCUCGAGGUUCUGAAUGCACUCGAUGUCGCCAAGACCCAAUGGUACCAUUUCACGGCGAUUGUAAUUGCUGGCAUGGGCUUCUUCACAGAUGCCUAUGAUCUCUUCUGCAUCUCCCUCGUCACCAAGCUCCUCGGCCGCAUCUACUACACGGUCGACGGCUCAGCCAAACCCGGCACCCUUCCCCCCAACGUCUCUGCAUCCGUUAACGGUGUUGCCCUCUGCGGCACCCUCGCCGGCCAGCUCUUCUUCGGUUGGCUCGGUGACAAGAUGGGCCGCAAGCGCGUCUACGGCAUGACCCUCAUGGUCAUGGUCAUCUGCUCGGUCGCAUCCGCUCUCUCCUUCGGCAGGUCAGCCAAGGCCGUCAUGAGCACUCUCUGUUUCUUCCGCUUCUGGCUCGGGUUUGGAAUCGGUGGAGACUACCCGCUCUCGGCCACCAUCAUGUCCGAGUAUGCCAACAAGAAGACUCGUGGCGCAUUCAUCGCUGCCGUCUUCGCCAUGCAGGGCUUCGGAAUCCUAGCCGGCGGGAUGGUCGCGAUCAUCGUUUCAGCCGCGUUCAAGGCCAAGUACCCCACCCCACCGUACUCGGUUGUCGGGGCGGCGUCCACGGUUCCUGAGGCAGACUAUGUCUGGAGACUCAUCCUCAUGUUCGGGUCACUCCCAGCCGCGCUCACCUACUACUGGCGGAUGAAGAUGCCCGAAACAGCCCGUUACACAGCCCUAGUUGCGAAGAACGCGAAGAAGGCAGCAGCAGACAUGUCCAAUGUCUUGCAAGUGGAAAUCGAAGCUGAGCAGGAAAAGAUCGAGAAACUGGCGCAGGACGAGUCGAACUCAUUCGGGCUUUUCUCCAAGGAGUUCAUGCGCAGGCAUGGGCUUCACCUGCUUGGAACCACGAGCACAUGGUUCCUGCUCGACAUUGCCUUCUACAGCUCCAAUCUAUUCCAGAAAGACAUCUUCAGCGCAGUUGGAUGGAUCCCACCAGCCCAGACAAUGAACGCAAUCGAGGAGGUUUACAAGAUCGCGCGUGCCCAGACACUCAUCGCACUCUGCAGCACCGUUCCUGGAUACUGGUUCACCGUCGCACUCAUAGAUCAUUUUGGACGGUUUACAAUCCAGCUGAUGGGAUUCUUCUUCAUGACGGUUUUCAUGUUUGCGCUGGCGAUCCCAUAUCACCACUGGACAUUGAGUGAGAAUCGGAUCGGGUUCGUGAUCAUGUACGCGCUGACGUUCUUCUUCUCUAAUUUCGGGCCGAACAGCACUACGUUUGUGGUGCCGGCGGAGAUUUUCCCAGCUCGAUUGAGAUCGACAUGCCAUGGGAUUUCAGCAGCUGCGGGGAAGGCGGGGGCGAUCGUGGGGGCGUUUGGGUUCUUGUACGCAGCCCAGAGUCAAGAUAAAGCGAAGGCCGAUCAUGGGUAUCCGGCCGGGAUUGGGAUGAGGAAUUCCCUUAUCUUGUUGGGGUGUAUAAAUUUCUUGGGGUUGUUGUGUACGUUCUUGGUGCCGGAGUCGAAGGGGAAAUCGCUCGAGGAAAUGUCGGGGGAGAAUGUGGAAGACAAUGGCACUGCCGCUGCUGGGGAUGCCGAGAUGGGCAGUUCUAGUUACAGUAGAACUGCGCCUGUUUAAGGGCAUUAUGGUCAUUCUACUUGUUUUACCUCUUUCGAUCUUCUUCUUUUUGAGGGUGUAGGUGUUCUUUCUAGAAAUAUCAUGCAAUGGUAGCUUGGGCAAGUGGGGUGAUGGUUGAGUGAUCGGAGACGUUUAUGCGAUGGGCCAUACAAUGGAUGGUCCAUG